CUGCCUCGCGGGCCGCCUCUUCCCGCCCCCCAACGCGGGCUCCCCCGCCUCGUCUUUGCCCUCGCAGCGCCGCCACCUCCGAAGCGAGUCAUGGGGGCUGCGGUGGCGGCGGCGUGGCUGCUCCUGUGGGCCGCGGCCUGCGCGCAGCGGGAGCAGGACUUCUACGACUUCAAGGCGGUCAACAUCCGGGGCAAGCUGGUGUCGCUGGAGAAGUACCGCGGCUCGGUGUCCCUAGUGGUGAAUGUGGCUAGUGAGUGUGGCUUCACAGACGAGCAUUAUCGAGCCCUGCAGCAGCUGCAGCGGGACCUGGGUCCCCACCACUUCAACGUGCUUGCCUUUCCCUGCAACCAGUUUGGCCAACAAGAGCCAGACAGCAAUGGGGAGAUUGAGAGCUUUGUCCGUCGCACCUAUAGUGUCUCUUUCCCCAUGUUUAGCAAGAUUGCAGUCACUGGCACUGGUGCCCACCCUGCCUUCAAGUACCUGACUGAGACUUCUGGGAAGGAGCCCACCUGGAACUUCUGGAAGUAUCUCGUGGCCCCAGAUGGAAAGGUGGUAGGGGCUUGGGACCCAACUGUGUCAGUGGAGGAGAUCAGGCCUCAGGUCAUGGCGCUGGUGAGGAAGCUCAUCCUGCUGAAGCGAGAAGAUUUAUAACUGCCCUGCCUCUUCUCCCACCACCCGUCCCACCCACCUGUGUAUAGGUGACCAAAGCAAACUCAAAUGGUGCUUCAAAGGGAAAGACCCACUGAUUCUCUUUCCUUCAUUCUUAUCCCACCUGAUUCUCUUUCCUUCAUUCUUAUCCCACCUCCCCUUUUAUUCUUAUAAGGGGAAAAUUCUAGCAUUUUGAUUAUUUGAAUCAUAGAGCCACCAGUAGGAACUCCUGGCCAAGAAGAGCUCUUGGCAAUGAAUCACUAGUUGAUGAAGACAUGUAGCAAGUAGAAGCAAUAAUCUACCCUCCCAGGACUCUGGAAAAUGGGGCCAGUUCUUACCUCACAGGGCUGUUGUGAGGAUUAGGAUGGAGCACCUGGGAAAGUGCCUUGGGCAGUGCCAACCAAAAAGGAAGCAUUCAAUAAAUGUGGGUUUUUUUGGCAUAUAAACCAAAAACUAGCUUGUGAUUAAUAAAAACUUAUACCCAACAUUAAUUUCUACCCAAUAGAAAUCUAGGUCAGGGCUGGGAUUGUAGCUCAGUGGUAGAGUGCUUGCCUAGCAUGUGUGAGGCACUGGGUUCAAUUCUCAGCACCACAUAUAAAUAAGUAAAAUAAAGGUCCA